CGGCAAGUAUGAUCCGAUGACUUCAUUUGGGCUCUUGGUGGUGUCUCCAAGUGCGAUGAGUCUGCCAGUAGUACUCCACCCUCGCCCUCCCGUUUUACGAGACCAUGACGAACGCUUGUCCGCAUCGGCCAAACGACCUACUGGGCUGAGGGGCCACAUCCAUCUUUGUCCUACUCCAGGCUCGGCUUUCUGGCCAGAAUCCGUGCUCCCACAACAUUCCAGCCAUGAGAGAUGGCGCAGUCUCGGAUCGCCCAGUGUUCUUUGCUGUCAUGCAAUUUACCCGCACUCCGCUACAGAUGAGCCACAGGGUUGCGGAGCCCCGCGAGUGGGCCGAGACGUAUCAGAGCUGGAAUGUUUGCGGCAUGGCUGCAGCUCACUCCCUGAUAAGGGUUGCCGAUGAUUUGACCAAGGACCCAAGCAUGAUGCAGAAUCCCAAGGACACGGAACCGGUAAUCUUGGGUGGCUGGUUUCUGCGCCAGGGGGGGAGGGGGUUCGGUCAGAUGUACGC